AUGGCUGAGGCGUCGUGGGCGGCGCUGGGGCGCAACGGGUCGGAGCCCGGCGGGCCGGGGUGGCGGGGCUGGCCGGGGGCCGGGCUGGCGGCGGCGGCGGCGCUGCUGCUGCUGACGCUGGCGCUGUCUGCGCUGGGCAACGGGGCGGUGGUGGUGGCGGUGGGGCGGCGGCGGCAGCUGCGCACCGUGCCCAACGCCUUCGUGCUGUCGCUGGCGCUGGCGCAGCUGCUGGGCGGGCUGGUGUGCCUGCCGGCCGGGCUGGCGGGCGUGCUGCGCGGGCGGCCCCCCGGCGCCUGGGCCUGGGGGGCCGGCCUGUGCCGGGCCGCCGCCGCCCUGCACGCCGCCCUGGGCGCCGCCGCCGCCCUCAGCCUGGCGCUGCUGGCCGUCGAGCGCUACGGCGCCCUCGCCCGCCGGCCCCCACGCGCCAUGGGCCGCCGCCGCGCCGCCCAGCUGUUGGCCGCCGCCUGGCUGGCCGCCCUGGGCCUCAUGGCCCCCUGGCCCCUGCUGGCCCGCCAGGGGGAGGAGGAGGGGGAGGAGGCCGGCCUGGGGGCCCCCCACUGCCCCUACGCCCUGCCGGGGGGCUCCCCGCGCCGGGGGGCCCCCUACGGCGCCGCCCUCAUCGCCCUGGGCUUCCUGCUGCCCUUCGCCCUCAUGUGCUUCUGCCACUACCACCUCUGCCGGGCCCUGCGCCUCUCCGAGAGCCGGGUGCGCCCCCUGCCCCCCUGCGGCCCCCUGCCGCGCCCCCGCGGGGAGAUGCGCACCGCCACCACCGUCCUGGUCAUGAUCGUGGCCCUCAUCUGCUGCUGGGGGCCCUGCUGCCUGCUGGGGCUGGCCGCCGCCACCGGCCGCCUCUCCGUCUCGCCCGCCGCCCACGCCGUGGCCAGCUGGGUGGCCUGGGCCAACGGGGCCGUCAACCCCCUCAUCUACGCCGUCCGCAACCCCCACGUCGCCGCGCUCUUCGGGCGCCGCCACCGGGAGGGCGGCUACAGGGCUAGGAAGGACCUGGCCGCUUACCUGGCGGCCGCCCGGGAGCACCGCCCGGAGGCCAAGAGCCGGGCCCAGCGCUACGCCAGCCACGGGCACGGUGGCACCGCGGGCAGCACCCUCGGCUCUUCCAGCCCGGCCAGCGGAGGGGAGGUGGCCAUGUGGGCCUGCAAGAACCCGGCGGUGCUCUUCUGCCGCGACGGGCAGCUGGACACCCUCUCUGAGGUUGGCACGCACCUCAAAUCGGAGACCGUCGAUACCAGCCUUUGA